GAUACGCGUUUUCAAUACGAGGCAAACUCAAAUUUAUUAUUUUCAUUUUCAAAAUAUCAAUUUGUUGAAAACUAGCAACUACUACUCAUCUCUUCACUCGUCAUUAUGGUUAAAUUGCGCGAUGAACAGAAGACAGAGCUUAUAAAACAGGAAAAAAAGCGCCGACGCAUUGCUCGGUUACGACAGGUUCGCCAGCAAAGUGCAGCAAAUGCAAAGAUUACAAGAGACGUGGUGAAUCAACGGAAGCAAGAGUUCAUUCAAGAAAUUAGGGAAGAAUUGCACGAGCAGGUGGAUGCGCUAAUGACAGAAGUAACUGAAAAAUCGUUAAAAUUACCUGUCUCCGCAAAAAGGAAAACUUCUACGCCUCGCUCACUUAAAAAGUCUUCUCGUUGUCGUGAAAUGACGGAAAGCGAUCUGGAGUUGGCGAAAAAAAGAAAUGCAGAUGCAAUGAAGCAUCUUCGAGAAGCGAAGAAAAAGAAGGAAAAGGAGCAAGAGGAAAAGUUGGCAAAGAAGAAAGAAGCCGCACGAAAAGCUAAUGCAAUUAUGAGAGGAGCUCAGAUAUUGUAAUAAUAAACUUUUUUUUCAUUUAUGAGUAUAUAUUGAGAUCAAACAAAGAAAGUGACAAGAAAUCG